AUUUUUGAAACGAAAAGUCGGACUUCAAAUAGUCAAAAUAGUCUCAGACGGCGCGCGGUGGCCUACUCGCCGACGGGCCGCAGUUUGUGAGGUUGGCAGCCCGUGUCCAGCGCGGCGCGCUCCCUGGCGGCGGUUUUUCCAACCCGCCACGAAUUCAGUUGCCGUUAGGCCGCCCAGAGAGAUGGCGGCAGUGUCAGAUCGGGCUUGUCACUGAGCGUAACGUUCCACCUUCCCUCUUCGUGUCGUUGCGCGUUGUCGUCUCGUCCGACGCGAGUCAAUGCCGGCCCAAAGACUAGUGGACAGACAUUCCCUGAAAAUCCUCAACAUGGAGUCCGCCGGCAUCCCGUCCAACAACUCCCAUCAGCAGCUCAUGUCGGCCGUGGAGGAUAACGACAGUGGUCUUGAGUCCACAGCUGCCUCGUCGCUCGUGUCAAUCCCCGGAGAAAGGAGCAAGAUGCACGUCUCCUGUGGGGGCGUCACGCUGGGGCAGUGGGUGACCAUGGCCAUCCUCUGCUUCGUCAACCUCAUCAACUACAUGGACCGCUACACCAUAGCGGGCGUUUUGGACGAUAUUAAAACGGCGUUCGACAUUGAUGACGACAAAGCAGGGCUUCUUCAGACUGCUUUUGUUGUGAGCUACAUGGUCUUCGCCCCCAUCUUUGGAUACCUGGGCGACAGAUACAACAGGAAAUACAUCAUGGCUGGGGGAGUGCUGAUGUGGAGUUUGACCACUUUAGCCGGAUCAUAUAUGAAUAGCUAUGGCUCAUUUAUAUUAUUCAGAUUGUUUGUUGGUAUUGGUGAGGCAAGUUACUCAACAAUAGCCCCUACUAUUAUUAGCGACAUGUUCGUCAAAGAAAAACGUUCCCACAUGCUAGCACUCUUCUACUUUGCUAUCCCAAUUGGCAGUGGAUUGGGAUACAUUGUGGGAGCACACAUGGCCAGUUCAUUGGGAAGUUGGCAUUGGGCCCUGCGACUUACUCCUGCUCUUGGCAUUGCCUCGGUGCUCCUCAUUCUGUGCUUGUUGGAGGAACCUGUGCGUGGCGAAAGUGAGGGCACACGUGUAGAAGCCUCCCACAAUACGUGGUGGGAGGACCUAAAGCUGCUUUUCACCAACAAAUCUUUCAUGCUAUCAACAGCUGGGUUCACCUGUGUUGCUUUUGUGACCGGUGCACUCGCAUUCUUUGGCCCCAGUUUCCUUAUUCUUGGAUUUAAACUUAUCCCUGGUGAUGACAGCGCCAAAGAAGAUGUAUCAUUCAAGUUUGGUGUGGUUGCCAUGCUUUCUGGGCUCAUAGGCGUUCCGCUGGGCCCGUUCCUGUCCCAGCUCCUGCGAUCAAGAUACUCUCGCAUUGAUCCUCUAAUUUGUGCAGCUGGGUUGAUCAUAAGUGCUCCUAUCUGUUUCUUUGCCAUUUUGUCACCGACAACAAACAAAACCUUGUGCUAUGCACUCAUAUUCACGGCAGAACUUUUCCUGAACUUGAAUUGGUCUAUUGUUGCUGAUAUUCUAUUGUAUGUUGUGCCCCCUUCACGGAGAUCAUCAGCUGAGGCCUACCAAAUAUUGUUUUCACAUGCCCUCGGUGAUGCCAGCAGUCCUUUCUUGAUUGGUUUGGUCUCAAAUAACUUAAAGAAGAUUCUUAAUCCAGAUUCAUUUACCAUUCCUACCAAUACUUCGGUGCCAGUUACUUCCUCUGAUGUAGUAGAUUUCCAUAGCAUGCAGUAUGCUCUGUUCAUCACAUGCUUCAUUGAGGUGUUAGGGGGACUAUUUUUCCUUCUAAAUGCUAUCUACAUCAGAAGGGACAAAGAAGAGGCAGAAAAGGAGGCUUCAUGUGAUGCACUUCCCGAGCCAACCCACUUCAUAGCCAAUGACCCAAGAGAGAAAUAGGACUUAAGUAGUUAAUUUGUAAGUUUUAAAUUUGGCCUAAGCUGUAAGAUGUGAUAACACGCUUUUUAAACUAAAUCCCAGAGUAGCCAAAUUUAAUACUUAUCUGAAUUUUUUAAUAUCUAGUUCAUCUAGUAGAUAGUAAUGGAUUUGCUCAUACAAAGUUGCGACUUGAUUUUACAAGGCUUGCAAACCUUGAUUUUUAAAUUCAAAACCAGUGCCUCAUGAAGAAAAAAAAAACACCACACCUCUGAACCUGUGUUGAGAAUGUACUGAGCUGUACUGUAAUAGAUUUAGAAAUGUUACCAAACUGAUGUUUAAAAUGAUAGUAUAAACUUCUAUGUUGUAUCUUCCUUAGUUUUUAAAUGUCUGAAAGUUUAAGACUGAUAAGCAGCCAUUAGAAAGUUAAAAAAAAUGGUUUGAAUGGGGGCACAAAUGCAGUCCUGUGAUAAUCUUGUAGCAAAGCUUUUUGCCACUUUUUUAUCUUGAAAAAAAAGAAAAGAAGUUGUUUGUACUUGAUGUAUGGCCAUUAUUUAUUGAGCAUUCGUGUGUUUUUAAUAUUGGAAUUUUAGGUCAAAAUGUCACCAAACAUUACUAAAUUUUAACAUUGUUUGUGUGUAUGCAUGUGUGCGUGUGCUGUGUACUAUGUUAGAAGGGGUGGGAUGGGGUGGGUGGGUGUCGCUGCUGACUUUCUCAUUCUGUUGUAAGGGUACCUUUAUCCAUUUUCUCUGAAAGUUGUGAUAGGUAUGGAUAUAGGUGUAUAGUAAUUGUUUUAUAUUUUUAAUGUACAUAAUGUUGUGUUAUAUUUAUUGAGUCUUUUAUAAGAGGAGUCUUAAAUUGGACAAUACUAAAUCUCUAUGAAACCAUAACUGUCCUAUAUUUAUUUAAUGCAUUGCAUUUUUAGAUUGAACAUUUUGAUGUUUUUAGAACUUUUUAGCUCUUUUUCUUUGUCAACUAUGAUAGUAGUUAUGUACAAGAGUAAUUUAUCCAGAAUAUAGGUGCCAAUAACUUCUUCCAUGUAGAAGUUUUUAAAAGUAUUUUCUGCACCAAAGUCUCUUUGUUUUGUUGUGUAUUUCUUGAUUUUUAUUAAAUUAACUUUAUAUUUUGUUAGCUUCAUGUUUUGCUUUGUGGUACAGGGGGUCAGUCAAAGAUGACACUUUAGCUGAUCGUAUCUCAAGCAAAAUGUUUAUUCUUCCAAAUUUUCAUAGAGGUCUCUCAGUUCUGUUCCAUUAGUAACAUUCCUCAAUACCUGGAUAAGCAGAAGUGAUGUGACUCUGAGCAGAACACUUCAUCCUUGUGUGUAGUCAACCGAAGGUUUGCACUGAAUUCUUGCACAUUGUUUUCAUUUACAUUUUGUAUUUGCCUCUCCUGUGCCGUUUGAACAACUGUCAGGAUUCCUAAUCCGUCCAAAUUAGCACAUUCUAAGUUCUGAGAUAGUUGAAGGAUGUUCAUUUUGAAUAUUAAUUACAUCCAAGUAUUAGAACUGAUUCUUCCACUUAUUUCGGAAACUUAUUCAGCGGCAAAAAUGUGAAAGUUGUCACAAUUUGUGUUUGAGAAACCUUCUGCUGGACAGAAAGGAAUCUGCACUCCAAUUUUCCAUCAGUCAUUUUCAUAUAGCAAGGUAAACACAGGUGUUUUUCCAUAAGCCUGUAUGAUUUAUGAAGCCUGUAAUCGAACAUCACUGUGUUUUAUCUUCACUCUCUCUUAGCCUCUAUUUAUAACUUGUUUGUUAAAGUUGAGAAAUAGAGGUAGUGUUCGUUUGGACAUCGACUGUUAUGUGAUUUUAACUAUCAUCAAUUUCAUCACCAUCUGAAAGCAGACUCAUUUACUCAUGUCAGCCCAAAGCAAAUAAACUAUAUUUGUUGACUUA